CUUCGCAAUCGCACGAUCGUCAGCCCGAAGCAAGCAGAAAUCAGCUGAAUAAAUUUGAUGAAAGCAUGCUAGGAACGUGAUUUUCAUCUUUGGAAAAUAUUGAAUCACGUGUAUUUGUAGGCAUAUUGCCUCAGGCAGUGCUUGUUUGUGGCGGAAGUGGUAAUCCAGUAGGAUAAACGUGUGGUUUGUGGAAAGAAACUCGUUACUGGAAAAGUGCAGAAGACGGCAGUUCGGUCAGUGCCCGACUGCAUAAAAAAAACGAGGCGACCGAUCGGUUGUGAAGAAGGCUAAGAAGAAACAAAAGAAAAUCUGACUAGAGUGCGUGUAGACGAACGGAAGCGAAAAAAGCGUUUUUCGAAGAAAUUCUAAGCAAAAUUGGAUGAAAAUAGAUUAUGUCGACGCUACAUUUUGUGGUGCAUCCGCUGCCAGGAACGGAGGACCAGUUAAACGACAGAAUCCGAGAAGUAGCGGACAAAAUCAACAAAUAUGGAGUGCAAACUUUACCGGCACUGCAGUCGCUUAAAGUUCCAGUCAAACAAAUCGUUAUCGGGCCCGCCCACUUGGGUAUCCUGCUUGAGGAUGGCCGUGCUUUUCGAGUUGCUUUCUCCAUAAUUCCGGAACGUCUGGAUCUAAGCAAACAGGAUGCAAACAAGACCAGUGGCACCAGUGGUGGGGCAACAGCUAGCCAAUCGAAUAACAACUCGAAAAAUUCACCGGCCUCUCGGCAGUGUCGUUCGCGAGCCAGAAUUAUGCGUACUAGCAACUCGGUCCGUGGCGGAGUCAGUUCCCAGGGUUCUGGUUCUCGAAGUACCGGCGUGAUCAUGGGCGGUGGUUCAUCCGGCAGCCGCUCGCUUGUAUCGGUACCAGCUCCAUUUGUUCCGGAGGAGUUGGUUACCCAAGCGCAGGUGGUUCUGCAAGGUAAAAGCCGCAAUCUGAUCAUUCGCGAGCUGCAACGCACCAAUUUGGACGUGAAUUUGGCGGUUAAUAACUUACUGUCCCGUGAUGACGAAGGCGGCGAUGACACGGAAGAGGGUAGCGAUAAUUACGUGGCGGAGGACCUGAUCUCGUUGUUGGACGGAGGUUUUCACGCGGACAACAGCGUUAUUAUCGAUGCGGAAGCUAUGUUCUCGGAGGAUAUGUUUGGAUUCUCUAAUAUCCGGAAUUUGAUGUUAUACAGUCGUGCUCGUAGUGAACGAAAUCAGAAUAGCUCCUCGUCUGCUGGUGGCUCUGGAAACGGUUCUGCUGGAGGCGGCGGAGGUGGAGCUGGCAGUGGUGGAGGAGGUAGUAGUGGCAGUACCGGUGCUGGCGGAGGAACGGGAGCCGCAGGUGGAGCUUCCAGUGCACCCGGCACAGCGGAUGCGAGCACAGGUAGUGCUGUGCGUCAAAGCAGUGCUGGCGCAUCCGGAGUUGGAAGCUCUGGUGCAAACGGAACCGGUGUCGCGACUGUCGGGGUAGCAGGAGGUUCUGCUGGAGUCACUGCUGGAGCCAGUGGAGGUACAGCUGCCGUUGGUUUGAAUAGCACCGAGCGUGAGGGUUUUGGUCGCUGGCGUGAUCGACAGUACUUUGGUCCUCGCAGAUGGUUCCAGAGCGGUCGAGAGGAUGGCUGGGACAAAGAAAGUGUAAAACUUUACUACACUCUAGAUCCGAAAAAGAAAGACUACGGUUCCGGUUAUCCUUUGUGGGUGUCGGAUGAGUUGGAAGCUUGGCCGGAGAAGGAUCAACCUGUUCGAUUUACUGAAAUUGCCUCCCUCUACUCGGAGUUUAUCGGAGUGACUGCCAAAGGUGAACUGCACCAGUGGCGUUGGGCAGAUGUUGAACCGUACAGAAGCAGCGAGUCGACCAAUAUAUUCCACCCGAAAACGGUUCCAUUAAAUUUACUAUACGAAAGAGUAACGCAUAUCUCAGCCACGUCAAUCCGUUGUUCCGUGUCUACAGAGAGUGGAAGGAUUGCUACCUGGAUGGAUGAGCUGUUAGGCUAUGCUGGAAACAAGUUGGAACAUGCUGCCACAAGCUAUCCGGAAUUCGCACUAGAUAAAAUAGUUUCCUUGCACACCUGUACAUUGUACACCGUUGCGCGCACUGAGAGCGGUGAACUAUUCUGGUGGGGUGUCCUACCUUUUGGUCAACGGAAACGUCUGUGGGAUAAGUAUAAAGCUAAGGCUAAAAAACCUGUUCGCCCAAGCGUAAACACACCAGAAGUAACCGUUGGUGCUCAAGUGUGCAUGAAAAACAGUCCCAUGUACCAGCAUGGUGCGAUAGGAUUUACGAUAUCGAACGGUAUACCGAAAGUAGGUCAACUUUUGAAUGCCGCUUGGGAUUUAACCAACAUUUGCCGCUUCAAGUUGCUAUCAAUGUCGACACUAUCUCAACAGCUCGGUCUAGUAUCGGGAACUAACCCGGUAAGCGCUGCUAGUAGCGGAAUCACGGCACCGCAGCCUCCGAUAGAAAUCAAAGAAAAGCCACCUAGUUCGGGAGGAAGUAGCACCAAGCAGAGCUCCGGUAGUGGAAGUAACAAAGAAACGGCUGAUCGAUUGGACAUGCCACCACCUCCAUCGCCGGCAUCUAGCACUUGCAGUGAUACAGGCAGCGUAAGCAACUCACACAAACGACAGAAACGAUUAGCACCGAAAGAAGACCCCGACCCCAAGAAGGACGAAGAGCAGUGGCUACUGAAGGAUGUAAUUUUCGUGGAAGAUGUUCGAUCGGUUCCUAUCGGUCGUGUUCUGAAAGUUGACGGUGAUUACGCGGCAGUAAAAUUCCCACCGCUUCUGUCGGCUGGAGCUGGCAGCUCAUCCGGUAGUGGUAUACCUAGCGGUAGCGCUGCCGGAAGCAGCAGUAGUAAUAGUAAGGACAAGUUUGAUGACAGCAUCGAAGCCUGGCAGGAUUGUCGAUUGUUGCGAAAGGAUGAUCUUCAGGUUAUCAAAUCUGCAACCACAUCACGGGUACCGGAUUGCUUCCAGAAGAUACCCCGUCGAAUCGUGUUGAAUCCACAUCUACCGAGUGGCGAGACAAGCUCGCAGUUGUUGGCAAUUGCUGUUGACUCGAAGGGUAUUCACGCUAUCAUGAAAACUGGAAGUAAAUUGCACUACUGUCUAUUCAAUUUGAACACCGGUCGACAGGAGCAAGAUAGUGUUUUUCCAACAGAUAUUGCUUCUUUUCUGGGUGCAUCCGCUCUAAAUGUAGCACUAACCUGUGCCGGAGAUUGUUCGGAGAGUGUCCUGUUGCUACGGGAUGGAAAUAAUACUAUUUAUCCGAUGGCUAAGGACUGUGUGGAUGCAAUUCGUGAUCCAAGCUGGUUAGAUUUACCGCCGAUCAAGUGCAUCGCGGCUGCCUCGUUGACACUUCCUUCGGUCGGAGUGAAUCAAAAGUCUCAGGUAGCGCUGGUUGUGUUGGCACCCGAACAUCAACAGCUAAUGUCUCGAAUUUUACGUUGUGACUUGGAAGGCGUUCGUCACAUGUUAGCUCAACUAGGAGACGAACUGAAAAGUCAACUACCAUCCAUUAUUUCUGAGCAUACGGAUAGAAACAGAAACAUCAUUCAUGCUUGCAUAAGUAUGUGCUCACCCACUUCGAACAAAGAUUCAGAUCAAGAUCUUCUAGCACAAGGUGCAUCCGGAUCUGGUUCUAUCCCGAGCGGUGGUUCCGGUGGACCAGGUUCUAAUUCCGCCGGCCUAGAGUGCAUCAACGUAAUCACAAACACCAUGAUUGGGAAUCGACCGGUGAGCAUUCGAGAAAUAAUGCGUCGUAGCGUAAACCGUGAGCUGGAAGCUUCAAACUCCAACAGCGCGCCUCUUCCACCAGGAAGUGAUGAAGCACCGGGAGGAUCUUUGCCAGUUGUAUAUUGGCCGCCCGAAUAUGAUCCCACAAGUGGUGAUGAGGACAGCAUGAGCGGUUUAAACGCUCCGCUAUCACAGAAAGGUCUAAGCGAAACAUACAUUUCAGACCCCAAUGAACGACGUGCGAAUGCUUUGCAGAUCGUGCAACUUUUGUGCGAGAGUUCGGUGCUUCAACCACACUUAAGACAACUAUUGAGUGCAAAAGAUGCACAAGGACAAACUCCGUUCAUGUUGGCCGUUACCUGUCGUGCUUAUCAGGCUGGUAUUUUAGUUUUUAAUGCUAUCCUCAAAAUAGCCAACGGUGACGCCAGUAUUCGAGACUCGAUGAUAUUUCCGUCAGGCAGUGCGCCCGAUCAAUCCCCAUUGGGAACUUUAUGCUGUAAUGAUACUUGCUCUUUCACUUGGACUGGUGCCGAUCACAUUAAUCAAGAUAUUUUCGAAUGUCGCACAUGCGGUUUAACGGGAUCUCUUUGUUGCUGUACCGAAUGUGCCAAAGUUUGCCACAAGGGUCAUGAUUGCAAGCUGAAACGAACCUCUCCGACGGCUUAUUGUGACUGCUGGGAAAAAUGCAAAUGUAAAGCGCUGAUCGCUGGCAAUCAAACCAAACGAUACGAGCUACUGUGUAAAAUGGCCACCGAUACGGAUUUGGUAACCAAAUUCAAUUCCCGAGGCGAAUCGAUUCUGCUCUUUCUAAUUCAAACCGUCGGUCGUCAGAUGGUCGAACAGCGACAAUACCGAGCCACUUCCAGAGUGCGAAAUUCUUCUGGCAGUGCUAGCAGAAAAACUCCCUCCCUUGAAACCGAUAGCGAUAUGCCAGAGCAUGAUCUUGAGCCGCCCCGAUUCGCUAGGAAGGCUCUCGAUCGGUUACUAAAUGAUUGGCCAGCUGUGCGCGCUAUGAUAAUGACUGGAGCUGAAUUGGAGAAACCGGUUGUGCCCAAUCCCAAUCAGUCAUUCUAUGACGAUGACAACCAGCAGGUUUAUUUGCAGUCGCAAAGCGGAACCACGCUACUGGAUAAAUUCACUCACAGUCUGAUUGUACGAUGCAGCAACGAUCCUCUGGAAAAGCUGUUGGUCACGCUGGUUAACGAACUGCAGAACGAAACCAUACCGAGUCGUAUCGAAGAAGCACAAAAGGUUGCAAGACGGUUCGUUCGUUCCGUUGCUCGAGUUUUCGUCAUCUUUAGCAUUGAACGAUUCCACAAUCCGGAGAAAACGCGCAACUCAACAACCCAGGCUAAACAUUUGCAGGCGUACCGACGUGUGUUCACGACCCUAUUCAAGUUCGCAAUCGAGGAACUGAUCGAGAUAUCCGAUGCGCUGAUCACUCCGGUACGGCUUGGAGUGGUGAAACCAACGGCACCCUUCUCGCUCUCUUCCAGUAGCAUUGAUAGUACGGAUGAUCUUUUCUCGGUUGAACCGUUGGCUCCGCCAACAAAUCGCGCUUCAAACAUUGUCGAUAUAGCCACAGGCAGCACGAGGGGAGAGCCUGUUGAAAACGAACGUAGCUCUAACUCGGGAUUUAUGUCCCGCAUUAACUUGCGCUUGCGUGAUAUUGAAGAUAACAAUGAUGCUGAUGUGAUGGCUCAGGACGACGGGGAAACUUCCGAACAGGAGGAAAUGUCUGAAAGAGAGCAGCCGCCGCCUAGACGUAGCUCCGGCGUACGAGCAGUGGCAAGUGCGGCAGCUAUCAAUGCAUCUGAGGAAGAAUCGCAAGAUCCACUGCGAAACGAGGAGGCGGCCCAGGGUGAAAGUGACACCGAGUUCAACUUCCAUGAAGCUGAAACUGAAUCGGACUCGGACGAUAACCAAAGUACCCAGGACGCUCAACGUAGUGUACAGACAGGUGCCACCGCCGGUUCGGACACAGGUCUGGCUUUGCUGUUCGACAAUGAAGACGACUCGGGUGAUUCCAGCCAACCGGAUGAUGAAGGAUCUGAGGAUGGUGAAAGUGAUGAUCACUCGCACGAAGAUUUCAAUUUAGGCGAUGAACAGUUGGAGCGCCGGCAGACUAGCAGCGGUAAUCAACGUACCAAUUUGGCGCCGCAAUCUAUGCAAUGGGCUAUUCGCAGUCGUGAUACAGAGCGGGUUCGACUCACCACCGGUGGCUCUAAUCUGGUGUUUAUUGACCCAAAUGCGUUGCGGCGAACAACGGCUGCUAGUGCGGCAGUCACUGCUGCUCAGCAACAAGAAGCACCGACUAUGACCACAACAGCGAGUGCCCUGGCACGAACUUUCGGCAUCGUUUUACGUCAAAUUUCCGAUUUGAUUGGUAUGUUGCCGACCAGCUUUACCGGUGCAUCCUCCGCUUUAGACGUUACUCACCAGGAAGCCGUUCAGUUGCAGAUGUACGUUGAAAAGCGACUUCGGCCCACAUGGGAAUGGAUUUUGACAGUAAUGGAAGCUACUGAAGCACAGCUUCGCUUUGGAGCAUCAUUAACAGAUUCAACCGAUCCAACGCAUCCACUACAUCCGUUGAAUACACCGAGUACAUCGGCCGCUACCACCAAUAAUUCGUCUGGAGUAAUGGGAGUUCUCGCUGGCAGUAGAAAUCGAACAGCCAUCACUACGCUGGGCGCAACCACCGCGCGAAGUCUCGGAUUUAGCGAUAGUAGCAAUAACGAGCGAAGUACGCGCGAUGGUACUUCAUCCUCGGAUGCUGCAUCAAGCCGUCGUGAUUUUCUAACAUAUUGCUUAUCGUUGAUGCGAGCUCACAACUCCGAACAUCGAGACUUCUUGCCAGUUUUGGAUGUAACCGCCUUGCGUCACGUGGCGUACGUACUCGACGCUAUUCUGUUCUAUAUGCGGGCCACGAAUGAUUGCGACAUCGAUCGUACCACUACCGGAUCGAACGUUUGGGAUGACCAGGAUGAGAAUGAGAACGAAGAUGCGGAAGAGGACAUAUCUACAUCGAUCGUCAUGGACACGGACUCGGUGGAUGACGACCUUAUGCGUCCAUCGUUGGGUCGACGGCAUUCGUUUUUCCAACGAUCCGAUUCGACGCUGUGCCUUGGCUGUCCUGCACCGGAUCCAUUCAAUAAUGCACUUGCCGAAGCUUUACCGUUGGCAGAUCAGCCUCACCUUUUGCAACCGAAUGCCCGCCGCGAAGAACUGUUUGGGAUGCCCAAACGCCCGAUAACACUGACGGCUAACUCGCAGCAGACGGGUGACAGUACUGUCAAUUUGGAAAUUCCUCCAGUUCGACUUAGUUUGUCGUCUAGUAUCAGAGAUGAAACAACUUCUGCGUCCGGCGGCGAUGCAACUGUUGGCAAUGUCGAAGCGGUUGCAAUGGAGAUUUAUCAAGAUGAGUCUUCGCAGGAGAACAAACCAGCUACUGCAGCAAGUGGCACGGUAGAAUUAACGAUCCCUGUAAGCAUCUAUCAAGACUCGAAGCAGCAUAAAACUACGAUUAUGGUUAAUGAGAAAGGUGAAACUAUCUCACCAUUGAAGGAAAUGGCAGUUAACUCCGAGGUAGACCCCAAAGCUGGUCCGUCUGGAGAACAAUCACAAUCCCCGAAACCGCCACCACCACCACCUCCCAUUGCGUCAGGGUCAAGUGCGUCUGGAGAAGUUUACUACAAAAAGAAUCGUCUAUUCUAUAUAAAAAAUAACAAAUACAAUGAUGAGUCGGAUGUGGAUGUAGACGACAUAAGCUUCAGCUCUGACGAACCUCAAGAUCUAUCGCAGUCAUCGCUUAAAAUGGACGGUGAUACGGAUCAAGAUCAUGAUGAGCUUUCCGAAUCCGAUUCAGAAGAUUCACGGCAAAUAAUAAAGCGUCAAAAACUGGAUGAAAGCGUUUCGAACGAUGGUAGUGCUGUAGUGGUGCAAGAAUCCGGUUCAGCCUCCACAAUUCGUCCACCGAUUAUCGUAACCCGCCGAAAAGUACCGAUGGAAUCGUCGCAACAGUCACCCAGCGGAACUGGCUCCGACAACAAUUCGGCAGCAGUUAUUACAACACCAGGUGUCUCGACUUCGGGAUCAUCGCUUUCAGAUCAACAGGGCACAAUUGCUUCAUUCGUUACGUAUACGGCAACCGGCAGUCAGGUGACAGUAGCCACGGGAUCUGGAUCGACUGCAGCAGCCAGUGGUGGUUCACCUGGAAAGAGUGUUAUCGUGCGCGCUGGACCAUCAACGUCCUUCUCGUCAUCGACAAGCACUACUACCGAAGUCAUCCAACAUGCCGAGGCUAUGGAUUUGCAGGAAAUUUCAGCCCACGUAACCGUGGAAACGACACCCAACGUUCAGCAGACAGUACAACCAGAACUACCGCCACGAGGCAUCUAUCUACGUUCGGGAAAUCAAAUGAAUUCCUCCAUUCUCUCGGACAUACUGCUCGGCCGGUGGCGUCUGUCGUUAAUCCUUUUCGGUCGUGUAUUUCUCGAGGAUGUCGGAAUUGAACCGGGUAGCGUUAUCUACGAACUAAACGGAUUCCCCGUGAAAGAGGCUAAAUUUAGACGAUACAUGGAGAAGUUGCGUAAUGCCCAACAGAAGGAUCUCACAUUGUCCAAGAUGGAGCGGAACAGGGCGUCUCUACUGACACAAACGUUCAAAGAGCUCAACACACACUACAAUAACAGAAGAUUGCAGUCGCCAUUGGCGUUCAGUCGAGUGAAAGUGACAUUUAAGGACGAACCGGGUGAAGGAUCCGGUGUCGCCCGUAGUUUCUACACCUCGAUUGCGGAAGCGUUAUUAGCUAACGAGAAGCUGCCGAACCUAGAUGCAGCACAAACCGGGGCAGCUAAAUACACAUCUGUUCCUUUCAAUAGUAUGCUACAACGGCAUCGUAGCGCCAUCAGCACAAGUGGAAGUAACUCUUCGGCAGCUCCCGGAGGUAGCAGUAGUGUCAACCGGGACUCCAACGUUCGACGCGGUCUAUCUAGUAAACAACCUUUAUGGAGACCCAAUCGCGACUCAAGAAAAACGCUAAACUAUGAUGCUAGACCAUUCCGACCGGCUGGUGAACAGGUGCAAGGCUCUUCCAACCCGGCUGGUGGUGUUGGUGGAAACAAUAGUCCUCCUUUCUUACACAUCAACGAUAGUUUACCAGCUCAUCAGCAGCAGUUAGGUGAGCGUUUGUAUCCAAAGGUUCAGGCCCUGUACCCAAACAACGCUCCCAAAAUUACCGGGAUGCUGUUGGAUCUUCCCGCCACGCAAAUUCUCAUGCUCUUGGCAUCCGAAGAAAGUCUCCGGCAAAAGGCCAACGAAGCACUGGAAAUCAUUCUGAGCCGCCAACGACUAGAGAUAGAUAAUCUUAGCGUAGCUGGCGCUGGAGGAUCGUCGGUGUCCGUGUCUGUCGGUAGUGGAUCUGGAGAUCAACAAUCAGCUGCUAGUGCCGUUUAUACGCAAAGUCCGAGCUCAGGGCUUUCGAAAAAGAGUGGGCCAGUAUUGAUAUUGGAGGACUGCCAACUGGAUGCUCCGCUUUUCUACUCGCCCGGUAAGCGUGGUUUCUACAGUCCACGUCAGGGUUAUCCUUCUAGCGAGCGACUCAAUGCAUUUAGAAAUGUUGGAAGAUUAAUUGGGUUGUGUUUACUGCAAAACGAACUGUUCCCACUGUUUCUACAACGUCAUGUGCUCAAAUACAUUCUGGGUCGACAAAUUCGUUUCCACGAUCUGGCAUUUUUCGAUCCGGUGGUGUACGACUCGUUGCGACAAUUAGUAAAAGAUUCUCAAACAAAAAGUGGAAUAACCAUUUUGCAGAGCUUGGAGUUGAAUUUUGUUAUCGAUUUAAUACCUGAAGAAGGUUCCGGUACCAUCGAGUUGGUUCCAGGCGGACGUGAUAUUCAAGUGAACGAGACAAAUGUUUUUGAUUACGUGCGCAAAUAUGCAGUAUAUCGUAUGAUAAAAACUCAGGAGAAAGCCUUGGAUGCACUUCGUUCAGGUGUAUUUGAUGUACUCCCAGACACAGCUUUGGAUCAAUUGACGGCAGAAGAUUUACGUCUACUACUGAACGGCGUUGGAGAUAUUCACGUGGGGACUCUUAUCUCGUAUACAUCGUUUAACGACGAAUCAAAUGAAAGCAGUGAUAAAUUGCUUAAAUUCAAGCGUUGGCUUUGGAGUGUGGUAGAAAAAAUGAGCAAUUUGGAACGUCAGGAUUUGGUCUACUUCUGGACCGGUUCACCUGCGCUGCCAGCCUCGGAAGAAGGUUUCCAGCCAAUGCCAUCCGUUACGAUUCGUCCAGCCGAUGAUGCUCACCUACCUACGGCCAACACGUGUAUAUCUAGACUGUACAUCCCGCUGUAUUCGAGCAAGGCUGUUCUCCGACACAAGCUACUACUAGCGAUCAAAACGAAAAACUUUGGAUUUGUUUAAACGAUAAUGCAAACACAUUGAAGCUUUAUGUUAAACCGAUCGAACCAGUGAUAGAGCGAUGAAGCACUGCGGAACAACAACAGCAAAGGAAGUUCACGAUCGAUUUGACUCUGUUCAACGCAUUAAUUCAUUCCGCUCCUUUUGUAUGUAAAUAUUUCGUUUAUUUGCGUUCUUGGCAUUAAAUAUGAAUUCCCAACUUCACUUGGAUUGCUCCUUGCUGGGAUGCCAGUGACCGUGACUGUCGGCUGAGCAUAAAUAAUAACGGAUCAAACUCCAAACAAACUUGUGUGAACAUAGGAACAAGAAAAAAAAAAGUAAACACGCGGUUAGCUUGAUUGGUUUUCUCUGUUUGUAACCGAACGAAAGGAAAUAAACACGUCGCGUUUUAAUGUGAUUGAAUCAUUUAUAUAUUCGAUAUAAAUGCAACUAUAUAAAUAAAUUUAUAUAUAUAUAUUUAUCAUAUAUACGGUUAAACUCGUAAACUAUGCUAGCAUUAAACACAGAGUUCUUUAGCAGCAACAGCAUGUAGGUAGAUCUAGGUUCAGUUUUGAAAAACAGAAAGGAGAGGGUGUAUGAAAAGUCUAAACGAACUGUCAUUAGGGUUUGGUCACGUUAAGAACGACUCAUACCUGUAAUUAUCACAGAUAUCAAUUCGUUGCAGUUUAACACGUAAACGUCGUACUACUGUAGCUUCAAUUUUGUUAUUCAUAUUAUGUUGCAUUGCUCUCGUUUUUAUUAAGUUUUUCUUUUCUUUCGAACUAGUAAAUUUCAUUUAUUUUGGAUAACAUCAAAAUCGCUGAUUUAUUAGGAUGCUUUUUUUUCGUUUGUCAUAUACAAAUAUUCAACCUAGACGAUUUAGCAUCCUCUUCCUUUUUUCACAAAUAAUUGAUGCAACACCACUCGCCAAUACACGGAACAGGUUUGAAAAUACAAAAAAAAAACAGAAACAAUGUUAUUAAAAGUUUGAAUAUCAAACGAACGAAAACACAAUUCUCCUGUGAAGGUGUCUAUUCGAAUGGUUAACAGCUGAUACACUUAAUCAACACUAAUAAUUACUGGACUCAACUGAACUAUUAUUUCGUAAUUUCAAAGAAAUACAUUUUUAACACAUGAAAAGUAA